AUGUGUUCCCAACGGCGGACCACGAGACCCUUCUUCUUGCCCUUGGGUGCAUGGCUGGCCUUGGGCAUAGCCUUUGGCCGAUGUUGUUUGAGACGCACCGGCACUGCUAGGGGGUUCACUAUACGCUCUUUGGAUGAGGCAGAGCGCGGUAGUGUCGUUCUCGGGGUCGUCCUCACGGAAGCGCAGGAUGGGUUAGAUGACAUAGAAAAAGUGACGCCGAGGAUAGAAAACGUCGCCGCGAUGAAAUCGAGAGCCACGCCAAUUGGGCUCUCACUGGCUGCCCGAUUGCGCGACGAAAGCCGGAUGCUUACACCGCCGCACUCCAUCACUUCUCGUCUGGGCCACCGCGAUUGGAGUGUUUCCAAAGAGCAACAAGAGGCCGAGAAGAACAACGUUGUCAAGCCCGAAGAUCGUUGCGAUACCCAUUAUGCAGAGGUUGCUUUCCUCGACCCAGAACGGCAUCGUUGGCCUGGGGUAGCACAGCUGACGCAGGUUGCUGCCAACACCCCAUGCGAGCAGGCCAACUUCAAAAUGCCCACAUUGGGAGUGACGCUUUGCUAG